GAGGAAGAGACUCUCAAUCUUUUAUCAUACACCCCCACAUCUGAGACCAUUUACUACUAUAGUGAUUGCGUACAUUGUGUUUGUUCUUGGUUUGGAUUAGUAGUUCCGGUCACAAGUUAAAUUCCCGGUGUUCAGAUGACCGGGUCGCCUGUUUUCACAAUAGGUUGAACUAGUCCGUAAUCUUUUAUUUACUGGAAACAAAAAUCUUUGCCCACACCUUCCUGGUUGCGUAGCAGCAGGGUGCGGGGGCUGGAUCAUGAAGUGUGACAGCAGCCCGAAGAGAGUCUAGACUAGCUUCUCCGUGGAAUCAUUAUAUGGAGGAAUCUAUCACAGAGACGGCAGUUCGUGCAUAAAACGUUGCCAUCAAACCAGAGGGCCUCUUGGUGAAUCGGAGACGUCAGCGGUUCUCUCCGUCGGGCCGGUUCCCUGAUCGACGCGGGGGGGCGUGCAGGCCACUGUCCCGAACCGGAGGGGCGGUCGAUGUGACCCGCAUGGGAGGCUGACGAAUUUGGCUCACAGGGAGAUGAGAGCCCCACGUGAAUGAGGUUUGGUUCCGGUUAUGUGCCAUGGGCUACGACGUCACCCGUUUCCAAGGGGAAGUGGACGAGGACCUGUUGUGUCCCAUCUGCAGCGGGGUCUUGGAAGAGCCUGUGCAGGCCCCGCACUGUGAGCAUGCCUUCUGCAACGCCUGCAUCACGCAGUGGUUCUCGCAGCAGCAGAUCUGCCCGGUGGACCGCACCGUGGUCACGCUGGCCCACCUGCGGCCCGUGCCCCGCAUCAUGCGCAACAUGCUGUCCAAGCUGCAGAUCACCUGCGACAACGCCGGCUUCGGCUGCAAGGCCGUGCUGCGCCUCGACCAGCUGCAGUCCCACCUCAAGGACUGCGAGCACAACCCCAAGAGACCCGUCAUGUGCGGGGAGGGCUGCGGGCUGGAGAUGCCCAAAGACGAGCUGGCCAAUCACAACUGCAUAAAACACCUGCGCAGCGUGGUGCAGCAGCAGCAGUCCAAGAUCGCAGAGCUGGAGAAGACCGCAGCUGAGCACAAGCACCAGCUGGCUGAGCAGAAGCGUGACAUCCAGCUCCUGAAGGCGUACAUGAGAGCCAUCCGCAGCGCCAACCCAAACCUGCAGAACCUGGAGGAGACCAUAGAAUACAAUGAGAUUCUAGAGUGGGUGAACUCCCUGCAGCCGGCGCGGGUGACGCGCUGGGGCGGGAUGAUCUCCACGCCGGACGCCGUGCUCCAGGCCGUGAUCAAGCGCUCGCUGAUCGACAGCGGCUGCCCGCUCUCCAUCGUCAACGACCUGAUCGAGAACGCGCACGAGCGCAACUGGCCGCAGGGCCUGGCCACGCUGGAGACGCGGCAGAUGAACCGCCGCUACUACGAGAACUACGUGGCCAAGCGCAUCCCCGGCAAGCAGGCGGUGGUGGUGAUGGCCUGCGAGAACCAGCACAUGGGCGAGGACAUGAUCCUGGAGCCCGGCCUGGUCAUGAUCUUCGCCCACGGCGUGGAGGAGAUCCUAUAAUCCCGAAGGAGAGAGGGAGGGGAGGAGGGAGAGAGGGAGGGAGAGAGGGAGGGGUAGAGAGAAAGCGAGAGCGCCCAGGGGUGGGGGACAGGUCAAAAGGUGAUUUUUCCUGAUUUCUUUUUUUCCCAGAUUAAUCACGAAAUUCUGAUUGUUGGGCCGAGCGCUCAGGUAUGUCGUUAGCAUGCGUAUCGAGAGCUUUUGCCCUAUUUGACAGCUGAUAGGAGCUGAAAAUGUUCAGCUACAAAGCCAAAUACUGGUGAUCUGAGAAAUCAGUCUUUCGCGAUAAAUUGGGAGAAAAAUCAGGAACGGUUGCUUCCUGGAGAGGCAUCUUUCAUUUCACCAUUGAGCUGUGGUCUUCGAUGGCACACGCCCAUCUGGCUGUGACGUCUCCAAGACGACCUGAUUAGCAGAUUGGGUAAAGGGGCAUCGGAGGGAAGAAAGGGAACAAAUUUUGGGAACAUGAGGAGGAACAGGAUGGGCAUCCUCAAAAGAUGUUAGAGCAGGUAAAAGAAGACCUCCCCCUGUCACUCAUUAAAAAAAAGAGAAAUCUGAAUGUGAACUGCCCUCUUUCUCCCCCCCUCCCGCUUCCUCCCAUGAACAUACCCCCCAGACGCUUCCUAUCUGCAAAUGCCCUUAAAAACCAGAAUGUAAAUGCAAAUAUAUAUAUAAUAUACAGAAUAUAUGCCUGUUAUCACAGAAUCAGUAUAUAAUCACAGGGUUGGCUGCGGUAAUGUUUGGCGUUGGUUGAUUCUGCCGCGGCUGAGCAGUGUGUGUUUUUGGCGUGGCGCCUCGUGCCGGGGACGCUGGUGAGCUGAGGGAACGCGGGGUGUGGCGGCCGAGCACAGCCUCACUGUAACCCAGACGAUCUGCGGCAGCCAUUUUCUGAAAUGUGAAAAGUGGGGGAAGGAGUGGGUGCCACGGAGUUGGCUGGUUAGCGGCAGAGAGGCCUGUAGGUAACCGGAGUGGCUGGAGAGGCGGCCGUGCUGUGCAGCCAGGGCCUCGGUUCUCACCCUUACAGCCUGUGUGUGACCUCAGUGCCGGAAUUCAAAUCAUGGGGCCUCCGCGGUUCCCCGUCUGCGUAGGCCCUGCACCGCCGUCCGCAACCGCAAGCCAAUGUAGGAACCUCUUCACUGAGAGCGAUCCUCACGCAGUUUACAGCCCCCCCGAGGCGACGUGCGGGAAAACCAAAGCCGCCGGGCCGAGAACGCCCGCCCUGGAGAACUGACCCUCUCCCCUCGCGGGAAUAAUCGCGGGAGGCCUCGUUCUUUCCAGAGCUGUCCCGGUGAUCAGCCGGGGGGGGGGGGGCCUUCCCCAAAUCUCUCUGAAUGUUCCGGGUUUCGUCUGAGCUGCUCUGGUGCCUGGAGCAGGGAUCAGGUCCCCGGCCUGCUGACUGGCCCGCCGGACCCAGCCACCACGUUGCCACGGCGAUUCCCAAGGUCAUCCUGGCACACAGCACGUGGAAAUGACUCAACUCCCCAAAUAAGGGCUGAUUUAAGAGAUAAGUGGAAAACCAGUAAAAGCAGAAAGGCUUGUAGAAGAUAAGGCGACACACAUAUGCUUGUAGUGUCAGGAGGAAUCCUGAUGGCAGUGUCCUUUCUUGUUUUAUUUUUAUUUUUUAAAAAGGAAUAAAUGUAUGUUUCCAGAAGCUGGAGGUGGACUCGUGGUUUGGAAAUCCAAAGAGCAGAAAUUUGCAAUGGGGAAAGAUGAGAAAGGACACAUAAUCCUCUCUGUGCAGUGACAUUUUAACGGAUUAUGGUGUUUUGACGUGAAGGACUAUUUUCAUUUACAUUUUGUGGACUUCUCUGCCAUGCCUUGUUUGUGUUUCAUUUUGUUUUCAGUGAACACUACAGUGCUUGACGACAUGUUAAUAAUUUGUACAUUGUAUGUUUUUUCGUGCACAGUUGAUUCGCCUUGGUAGAACAUACAUUCUUUUUUCCUGCUGUUUUCUCUUGAUAACUGUGUUGUAUAUAGUUACUGACAAGUGGGUCCAGCUGUGUUCUUUUUGGUCCAGUCCGUCUCGUAGGCAGAGCACGCUUUUGAGGGCAUUGUUAAACAUGCAUGUCUUUCCAAUGUUAUUUGCCGUGGGCAGUUUCAUAUCCGGCAUAGCACCUUAAAGUACACAAAAUCCCCGAUUAGUCCAAAGUUCUGUUCGCCAUGGUUAGUUUUCAUCGCUAUUUAAAGGGAGGUGCGCCACUUUUAAUGUAAGUGCCCCCCCCCCCCCCCCCAAAGGUGGUGCUUAAAUAGUUCAGUGCUACACUAUUUAAGAUGCUUUCAGAAUUGGAAUAUUAUUACUGACCACUUUAGCUGGCUCACCCGCAUUCCUAUUAAUACCUGGCUCAAUUGGCGCACAGCACACAAAAUGAGGACCGUGAUUUAAUGUGAGAAAUGGUGCCAAACUGUGCUGAAACUGUCAACUGUGCGCUGCCUUAUGAAUCUCUUUUAUGCAGCUGGCUGUAGGCCACAGGCCCCCCCUCUGAGGCUGCUUAGCGUGGACCUUCUGCCAAACAUGUGGUAGGGGUACAGAAUCAGGCGGCUGCUGACGGAUCAGAACACUACCAGCGUGCGAGCCGUUAGUUUUCACAGCUGCAGUGGUCCCGUAAACAGAAAGCUGAAUUAUCUGUUUGGCUCCCAAUAGGAGUUCAUAAAAAAUGCUGAGCCCUGGUGUAGCUGCUGUUUGGGCACAUAGAGCUUGUGGCUGGAUGGGUAGAGUGGAGUGGGAAACAAAAUGGCUGCAGGUCCCAGUCACUCCUGCUGGCUGUCGGGCAAAGAGCCCUUCAGCAACCAAGCAACCAAAACAAAAUGGCAACCAUCCCUCCCUCAUUGACAAGACUGACUGAGUAGCUCCCCCAAAUAAGACAAAACAUUUGUUUUACCAGUAGGUAGUAACAAAGGCACAGUGGGGAAACCGCUAUUUGAAUUUGAGCCCCUGAACCAUGCUGGUUCCUAUUUAUUUGCCCCCGCCCCGCCCCACCUUUGUACUGUACUGCACUGUGUGGCACUGAGUGAACUAUUAUGGUGGUGUAUGAUGGUGUUCAUCUGAACAAUGUAACAGUUCUAUAUUUGUCAUUACCCCCUUUAUGAGUAAAACCAAAAUCACUGAGAACAAUUAUCUUGCAUUAUUUUUUUUUUUGUAAAUAUGAAGGACAGUCUGUAUACACAUUGAAAGGGGCUUCUGACUGCACUCUUCCCUUUUUUCCAUUAUAAUCCUCAGAUUAUGACUGACAUGUUUUGUCUGGGUUCUUUUUUUCAUGAUGUCACCGCACACUUAUGUCUGCUCUUGACUAGAAACAGAUAUAUUUACCCAAUGUUAAAUCAUUUUGAGGAAGAUCAAUUACUCCCUUUACAAACAUAUUGGACUUCUUUCUGGUGUGAUUUUUAUUAUUAUUUUUUUUUUUUGCUUUUCUCUUCAGUUUAUUGAAUUCACUUUUAACUUGGUUAAUGAUUUACUGUCCUGAUUCAUUUUGCGUGCUGUAACGUUUAAUUACCAGGGCAGCAGAAGAACGUUGUUGCUCUUCUUCUAUAUGUUAACUGAGCUGUAGUUUUUUUUUAUUCUGACGUUUAUAUGUUCAAAGUGCCACCACUGAAAUGUCUGCCGGCUCCUUCGGCUUUAUACGGUUCCUUGGGAGAGUCACGUGGUUCAUUUCCGCACACGAUUGUUACGUGUGCGGCAUUUCUAAUGAAACCAAACGUCCUUAGUUAUCCAUUAUUGAAGUUCAAUUAAAGGUAGCCACUGACUGAAGCCUGUUGAGUUGGACGGAUCAUGUCCGUCACACUACUCUUAAUUUACAUGCUUGAAAUCUUAGAAUAAUUUGAAUAGGAAAUGGGCGAAUUAUGCACCCUCUCUCCUACCCAUUAUCGUUUUAUAUUUCCAGCCCGCACACCUGCGGCCACUUGUACGUUCUGAAAAUCAACUGAAUAAUAAAGCUCAAACGCUGCUUUUGAAGUCAAUUCUGCAACGGUAAUCUGCUGUGCAUUGCCAGUCUGCUUACUUAAUGACUUGGGAGGAGAAUUGAAACCGUUUACAUAAAGAUUUUUGUACUGUA